UAUCAGUUCACUCAAGCAUUGCAUUCCUAUAACAAUCAGCUAGUCAAAAACUUACCAAACUUUCAAAAUGUUUGCCAAGAUCAUCUUCGUUGCCGCCCUCGCCAUCGUCGCCGUCAGUGCCAAGCCUGGAGUGAUUGCGCCACUAGCCUACUCGGCUCCACUGGUCGCUGCCGGUCCAGCCGUGGUGACUGCCCAGAGCUCGCAGUACAUUGCCCGCAACUACAAUGGAAUCGCUCCUCUGGCCUACACCGCUGCCUACACUGCUGGCGUUCCAGUUGCCUAUGCUGGCCAAGCUGCCUAUGCCGCUGCUCCACUUGCCUACUCCGCACCGCUGACUGCCUACAAUGCCGCCUACAGUGCUCCUCUGCUGCUGUAAGCGGUGCAUCGUAGUUAUCUGGAAAAUAU